UUUAACCCGGAAGUUUAUCUGUUCUUCUUGAAGCUGGCGCGACAGUUGAAAACAAAACUCUUUAGUUUCAUUUGAGCUUCAAAAAGUGCUUCGACUUUUCCUUCCAGUGUUCUUAUGUUGUUAUUUCAUUGUAAAAGAGAUUUCAGCUACUAGCCAAUAUGGAGUUAUCGGCGCUCAUAAAGAAGCUUGGUCAUCAUCUUGUUGAAAUCAGGGAGCGAGCCCUCAAGAGCAUCACGUGUAAACUGGACCACGGCCUCCUGCAUGUUCCUGACCUUGUGCAGGAGAAGAUGCUCUUUGUGCACCUGCUUGAGUGGUUCAACUUCCCCGAGGUCCCCGUGCAGGGAGCGGUUCUGGAGUUGAUCGCCGUUUUAUCCAGACAUCCCACUGCGGCACAGAUGCUUCGAGAUGUGGGAGCUGUCGAGUUUCUGACACAGCUUUCUCCAAAAGUUGAGCCACACUUGCAGACCAUCAUCGAUGGCAUUUUGGAUCUGCUGUUCAGGCUUCCGGAAACAUUUCCAGAUUUUCCAACAGGCACAUUAACUGGGCAGCAGCUGCAAACUUUGGAAAAUAGCGCUCCUGGUUGUGUCCACACUCUUGGCGAUGAGUCACCUGUGAGAGGAUAUUUCCAGAAAAACUCUUGCAAGCCAGAACAGUCAGACAUCCCUCCACAAAGAGUAGCUGUGAGCAGUUCAGUAAAAUGCUUGAAGUUUUCUACUUUUCCAUGGUUGAGUCUAACUACAACGGAUAGACAUAUUCUGUCAUCCAACGAGAGCUCUCUGAGAAGCAGCAACUAUAAUUUAGUUUGGACCACUUGUGAACUUCUGCAGGAUGUCAUUAUGCAAGACUUCCCAGCAGAAAUAUUUCUGCAUCGGCCCGGGAUAGUGCAAAAUCUCCUCUCACUGCUGAGGCUGAAUCCUGGUCGGGGUGAAACGGGUGACCUGCCGCUGCGGGCUGCAGACUGCCUGCGGCAGAUCUGCUCAGACCUGCGCAGUCGGCUUCGUUUUCAUAGAGACCCAGGCUUCCAUUCUGCCAAGCGAGACUCUAUGUCCCAGAAUUCCUCCAUGUCAUACUCCCAAGAUAUGCGAGCGACCCAGCAGUCUGUGGCAUCCUCCCCCGACGACUGUAGCCCCCGACCCUCCGUGGUGGGCCGGCCCGGUCAGAGGGCAAGAGGAGAUGGCCAGGAUGGAGACGCUGCCUCUUCCAGUGGCGGCAGCAGCUCUCGCCGAGGGGCCGCCUCCGGACCCCCCCCGCAGUCCCCCGUGGACCCAGCCCAUCUGGAGGCGCCCGAGCCGGAGGGUGAGGACACGUCAGAGCUACAGCUGCGGCAGCUGGGCCUGGCUCAGUUUGGCGUGGCCGCUGUCGAGCAUGCCCUGCCUCUGCUCAAGACAGAGAGCAUGAAGGUCUUCCUGCGUGUCCUCGAGCUGCUGUCAGAGGCUCUGCUGCUGCUCAGAGACAGCGUGUCGGAGAUGGUGUGGGAGGACAGCAGCCUAAUUGGGCAGGAGUUGAAAGAAAAGCUCCUGGGGUCCAUGAACUGUUUAGGAGACAUUCUGAACCAUCACAGCAACGCUGCAUCGGACACAUCUGAACCUGCGCUGAUCCACCACAGGAUGGCCUAUAUGGGAACUGCGAUCUUCACAGUCCGUUUGCUUCAGACACUUCUGCCUGUGGAAAAGGCCGGUGAAAAUCUACCAGAGAACACAGCGGCUGCCCUCUUCCUCCUGUGCAUGGACAUGCCAUUUAGUUUGGGCUUCCCCAGUGUGCACGAGUCUGCCGUGGCCUACCUGGAGCAAGCAAGUCCUGACAGCUACAGCAUCUACAGGAGGACAGUGCGGGCAGCCCAGUUCACGGAGUCCACCUGCACUUUCCUGAAGGAAGUUCAUACACAGGGGGAGCAAAAUUGGUUGGAAUUGCUGGAGUUAGCAGACCAAGCUGUAAACGGACUUCCAUAUCAUAAGCACCUGCCAAUAGUCAAGAAGUGUGUUCAGAUGUGCUCCAAUUUAUGGAAAUCUGUACAGGCGAGUCCGUUACUUCAGGCACAGAGUCAGAAAAUUUUUCUGAAGCUUCUUGCUCAUCCUCUUCCAUUUGUGAGAACUGAGACGUACUGCAACACCCUAAAUAUUGUAAAGGAUUCCCUUGGGGUCCAGAACGUCACAAGGCCAGUGUCUUCUGUCUGCCAUGGUGUUAAUUUUCUCCUGCAUCCCCGAGUCCUAUAUGAAAUCUGCACGUUUGGGCUUCAGGACCAAGCCGAAACGGUGAAUUUCACUGCCAAGGAUAUUGUUCUCUUCCUGCUGAAAGGACAAUUGAUGAUGACAGCUCCAGCUUGGAACAAAUUCAUCGAGGCACUUUAUCCUGUCAUUCCCAUAUUACAGGGCUACGCAGACACCAAAGACGCGUUGGGAAGCUGCAUCCUGCUGAUAAGCGAGGCGUCCAACGAGUCGAGAGAUGGAGGGUUUUCAAACACAGCGAAAACAAGGGCCGCGAUCAGACUGCUGUUCACAAAGCAACAAGCUGUCCGUGCUGCUGCGGUGCAGCACCUGAUGCCUCACUUAGUCAAGGCCGGAGGCACAUCUUCUCGGUCCGCUUUGGACCAUGACAUCCUAUCCCUGCUGCCCUCCCUCUUUGUUGUGAACAAGUUAGUCGACAUAAAGCUUGACAACAAAGAACAGUCUAUCCUUAACGUGGAGUCAGUAAACAAGCUUUACAAUAUCCUCACAUCAGAAACCGUGGACUUUGUUCUCAGGAAGUCAGCAGCAGAACAACUUACUGUUGUUUUGCAAGAUGCAACUAUGCAUCCAGUUCUGAGAAGCCUUGGCGUGACAGAAAAAGUGAUGUCUUUUAUUGAUGACUGCGUGAAUAGAGCCACGAAGGGUAUGGACCCCAUGCUGGAGCCGUGCAUCUGCAUGCUGCGAAAGUUAGUGUAUGGCGACCAGUCCCUGCGACACUCACUCACCCAGCAGUUGCCCUUCCUCAUCACACUGCUCAAAGCUUCAUUAAUGCUGAAGGAGAAUAACAGCGAUGUGGCUGAAGCCGCUGCAUUGAUGUUCCUCUUACUGUUUGAUGAAAUUGCAACGAUGGAUGUGUGGGUCAGCAAUUCAGAUUCGACUGCAGUUUCAACUUCGUUCUCGGUACCAUUUUCAGUGAUCAGGAGGUAUAACGUGCCAUUUCAAGCUGCGUCUCACCACGCAGUGAGCCCCUAUUGUACUGUACUGCCACCUUACACGGACCUGCUCGCUCUGAGACCCGCCUGGGAGAUGCUGCAGUUUGCAUGGAACCGAGCAUGGUAUGCUGGGAUUGAUAACCUCAUGCAGCAGCUGGAGGGCCACAGAAGUGACAUCACCGAGUUCCUGGAUGAUCUGUACCUAUGUGCUGCUCAGGGUGUGCUACUGAAAGUCACAGAUGUUCAUAAGGGAUUGCAGGACUGUCUGCACUGCAUAGACAACGCCAGCUCCCAUAAUGCUGUGAAUUUAGCCCUAACCAGAAUGCGCUUCUACCUCCUAACCGAUCGGCUGGCUCUCAAACCCAGUGGAGACAGCAGCAAGGCAGUCCUCAAGACCCUCAAGUGGCGCCAAGCUGUUGAAAGGUUUUUGCAAGUUCACCCGGCUUGCGUGGAGGAUGAAAAGCUCCUUGUGGAAGUAGUGGUUUUUCUUAAUGCAUUCUUCAAGCCACAGAAGCUGGAGUCUGAUGCGGAGGAUAUACGCUGGAUAUUAGAGUUACUUCUUAAACGGGAGAAUCAUGCCCUUUUGGAUCUCCUGGUGCGUGAUGAGUCCACAACCCAGGCAGGAACUGGGGACAUGCACAUCCUCGUUGCACAGAGGCUCCAAAAGGAGCUUAUGGGUUUCUUCGGUUCCUUGUUGCACGGUCUCAUCUGCACCGCUGACAGGACGUGUGUGGCGCUGGCGGGGGCUGUAGAGACACAGCUGGCGCUGCGUCUGCUCCAGUGCCUGCGGGUGUCGGACGCUCCCCGCUUCUACGGUUUGCCUUCGCUGGAGAGGACCCUAAGGGGCAUGGCCCGUGUGAGCGCGCUGCCCAGCUGGAGCACCCACUCGCUGGCCAUGGACUCGCACUCACUCUGCCUCAAGUACCUGAGUGGCCUUCUGGAGGUCAUUUCCUCUUUCUAUGUCGACUGGGGAGGAAACUCAAUGUCUUUCAUGGGUAAAGGGGUCACAAAGAACGCUGUCCUCUGUCUGCUGCAUUUGUCUCAUGAAAUGUUGGCGGAAGGCAAGGAUGCGGAGUGGAUGUCUCUCUGGUCCCUGGCACACGACCCUCCAGAGGAGCAGGCUGCACCUCACCUUGGCCUGGCCUGGCUCAUUCCCCUGUGGGUGGACCGAGACCCUGAGGUGCGAUUUGCCAGCCUUGGCCUCGGCUCAGCCCUCACAACUACCCCUGUGGGUUGCUUUGCCUUGGCCUCCAGCUGUCAGAACAUAUCCGGGGGGCUGUGGGGCACUCUGUUAAAUGUGCUCCUGGACCAGCUUGAGUGCAGCAUGGUCCGCAGAGAGGCGGCGUUUAUUCUGCAGAACCUGCUCGUGAUGCCUAUGCCUGUCAGUAUGGAUGAAGCAAAGGACUUUGUCUGGCAGGGCCCAUGUGUGCAUGAUGAGACUUCUGAGCUGUCAUUGGUGGGCCUGCCUGCUCUGCAAGCGCUGCUGUGCCACUGCCAGUUCUUCGAACACAUGAGCCAAACGGUCCGGUCCUGUUACCUCAGGAGACACUUGUUUGACCUGAACUUUCUCAGAACUUCAGGCAUCCCUGAAGAUGGUGGCAGAGCCUCGGAAGAUUGUGACGACUCAAUGAAGCAUUGGAGAGCUCCUUCUGCCCCAUUAAGCCGGAGUCAUUUGUCGGCCUCCCAGUCCACCUCCAGCACUCUGAUCCUCCCUGAAGGGACUAGUGAAGUCCAUACACCCGGGCUGUCAUCCUCCAGGACUGUGGUUCCAGAGACUCCGGCAAACAGACUUGUCGCUCAAGGUCAGAGUGAUACGGACACCAGCAGCUCAGUGGAUUCCCAGGAUUCUCGAGUGGGGGAGCGGCCUUCGGAGCAGCGUGGCACUGUGACGCCACACCUGGCUUCUGCCAUCUGCAGCUUGCUGGCCAACCUGCUGGCCGUGCUGCCCGAAUUCACCCUCGGCGCCAUCCGCCACCACCACAUUCUUUCGUCUCUGGCCAGUUUGAUGGACGUCGGAAUAAUUGAACGGUGUCUGUGUGAAUUAAGAGAUACUGCUGUGCUCCUGAGCGAAGCUGAAGAUGCAAAGAGUCAGGUGCUGAGUCUCCUGCAGUUCCUGUCCAACUUUGCCAAGCUGCUUGAAGCAUCAGUGAUCCUCAGCCCAGAGCUGGUGUCUCAAAUGGAGUUUCUGAAACCGCUAUUGACCAACAUCUUCUCUGCUAUUGUCCUCAAUGUCAGACACAUUGAUGCUGGCACCAGAGGCGCCGUUCUCCACACCUGGGCCGACUUGUUUACCCUUCUGGCUACGAUGCUGAAGACGGACCGCUCAGCGGCACUCCCAUCUGUCUGCGCUGCGCUGGCGCGCCACUGGCAGCCAUUCACCGGCACCCUCGCCCUCUGCAUCCAGCUCUCGUCUAUAGAACCUGCGUUGUACAACGCCGCCAUGCGCUUUCUCUCAGUCAUCCUCACUGAGGAGGCCAGGAGACGCAAGUCGGACUCCGCCCAGCUCCACUCGGGCCCCAGGACGGCCCUCACUGAGCUCCUCAGUGGCACCCCGGGCAGCCAGCUGUGCCAGCUUCUUUUGCAGUGCUUCGAGAAGAGGUCAUUUGAGGACCCACAGAAGAAAGUCACGGCACAGGCGCUCAUGUCUCUGCUGGCCAGCAGUCCGAGUGCUCAGAGUCAUGCUUCAUCAGCUGGCCUGGUUGAUAUGUGUGUGGAGCAAAUGAAACACAUCCAUGCACAACUCCAGCAGCACUCGCUGAAGCCUGUCAAAGCCUUGCAGAAGAAAAAGGAGGAGAGAUGUUUGAAGGAAUUUAAGAUGGUUUUGCAAGUUCUCCGAAACUGCCUGUAUCGUAAUGAUGAAUGCAAAGUUGCAGCUACAGACUCUCGCCUAGGUCAGGUGGUUCAUGCCCUCUGGGCGUGGCUCCUGUCAGACGACGUCCUGAUGGCUGAGACUCUGGAGAUGCUCUGCGUCUACACCGCUAAUUGUCCCUCAGCCUGCACUGCUCUGUGCUGGAGCACAUCGGGCCCCAGUCCUCUCCCAAGGGGGCAUACUGGCAGCCCACUGCUGCACGCCAUCAUGAGGUUAGCCUCCCAGUUGGCCCCCGAGAACAGCAGCCUCCAGCAGUUGGCCUUCUCCCUGUUGGCCAACCUUGCCAUGUCUCGCGACUGCAAGCGAGUCCUGCAGAAGAGCAAUUUCUUCCAGUCCUUCCUGUCACUGUCCUUCCCAAAGCCCGGUUCAAAAAAGUCCAGCCUGGAGGUGAGCUGCUGGUUGAGGCUCCUCCUCAACAUGUCCUUCGGCGAAGACGGCCAAAAAAUCAUCCUGAAGAUGGACGGCGGCCUGGAGCUCCUCGUGGAGAUGUCACAGUGCAAGUGGAGCUCCGACCGGCUUGCUGCCCUUCUCAUCCUGCACAACGUCUGUUUCAGCUCCGCAAACAAGCCCAGAGUCCUCGCCAGCGGCAAAGCAGUUGAAGCACUGGUGUCUUGCCUAGACAGCGAUCAGGUACACAUGCGUGCCAUCGGCGCUUCGGCGCUCUGGGCUCUCCUGCACAGCAACCAGAAGGCAAAGGUGACUUUGAAAAGUCCCUCCAUCAAAGUUAAAGUUGAUGAGGCGUAUACAGCAGCCAGAAAAGAAGCAGAAGGAAGUAAAAAUGAAGCUCUGAGCUCAUAUUUACUGGAGUGCCUUGAAAACAUUACCCAUCUUUUGAAUCAUUGAGUGUUUUAUACAGAUUCUUGGUGUGGAUUUCCAUUUGCACGCUGACAUUUUACAUUAUUUAUUAAGCAAUUUAUCUACACUCUUUAAUGUGCACUUUAUUUUUAUGUAAGUUAUGUCUCAAAUAUUGUUUUGUAUAUACUGUAUGUUUCACACUCUGUAUUUUGUAUU